GAACCAUUCCACCGGCGCUGAGGGGAGACACACAUUCUCAUGCACUUCUCCAUGUCCUUUCAUUCAUUGCGUGAUAAUAUUUUUAAUUCGAGUGUUUUCCGUCUUGUUUUUAAAUCUGAGUGUUUAUAGAGUGGUCUCUGAGGGAGUAGAUAUGCAGAAGGGAGUGAAGAUGAAGAUAACAUUUGAUCAGACCACAGAUGAUUUUAUUCCAGGAGACAUAGUGUUUGCUAAGAUGAAGGGUUAUCCUUUCUGGCCUGCCAGGAUUGGUGAAGGAAAAGCCCCCCAAAAUAAGAUCCCCAUCUUCUUUUAUGGAACACACUCGACAACGUUUCUCUUCCCCAAAGACAUCGUCCCCUACUGGCCAAACAAAGAGAAGUACGGCCGACAAAUCAAAAGAGGCGGGUUCGAGGAGGGCAUGUGGGAGAUCGAGAACGACCCGGGUGUGGGCCUCAGAGGUCAAAAGAAAGCAGCGCUAGUGAAACGACUGUCAGAGAGUCGACUGAAACUGAGAGACAGGAAGAAGAAGAAAGCAGAAAACCAGACGGGAUCCCGUACGGAUUCAGCGCCGAAGAGGGAAACUCUUGUGAAACCCGGCAAAACAAAGUCUGAAUCCGUCGCGCCGGCAGACGCUAAAACAACCGUAACCAGGUCGACGCGCUCCAGAGAUUCGGUGACAAAGACCGUCACACCUGAGGACAGACGGAUGGAUGAACUCACGUCUGCGAGGAGUGUGACGUCGGUGAAGACGCACGCAGCAGGAAGGAGGAUUUUACCGUCCAGGAAGAUCAUUUUAGCCAGACGAGCGGCAGCAGCAAAGACGCGCUCUGCUCGCAGGAAACACGCGCUGAACAGAAAGAUCAUUUCAACCAAGAAACCGAUAGACGCUCAUAAUCACCAGCAGCCCUUGAGGGUCACGCGUGCCUCUGCGGAUCUGAGCCAGACCACAGACGAAAUCACUGCGACGCCGGUGACUCCGGCCGCUCUGAGACGGAAACACUCGCCAACUGAUUCUGAUGUGAAGGAAGACGCUCGUGUUCCUCUUCCUGUGACGAACAGCUCCAGCCCAGCAGGCUCAAAGAAGAAGCGGCUCACAGAGGAGCAGACGUCUGCACCAGAAGAGCCGAAGAAGAGCAAGGUCAAGGACAUAAUAAACACACAAGACAAGGACGAACGGAAUAAACCCAAACAGACGAACCGCGACGCUCUGAUUGUCUCUGAAAAGCAGGACGAGACGAAAGAGGAGAAGAAACCGAAAGAUGAAGAGAGGAGUAAGAUCCUGGCUGAGAAGAGGCAGAGCGUGCUGAAGUCGCUGCAGGGAUUGGUGACGUCUACAAGAGGAAAGACACAGACCUGCGCAGAGGAGCCGCUGAAACGGCCCGAGAGGAGCCGCGGGGCCCGGAGCGAGAACCGCAGCCCGGCAGAGGAGGAGCAGAAGGGACCUGACCGCAGGAGCACGGAACAGCAGAACAACAGCAGCAGCAGAGAGGAAGAGCUCAGAGCUCACUCUCUGUCCGUCACAGACUCUUUACUCUACCGGUUACAUGGUGACAUCAGGAUCUCAAUGACGCUCGAAAAUCCAGAUGUCAGUAAGUGUUUAUUGGCUCUGGAUGAGUUGAGCACCGUCCCGGUCUCGUCUCGAAACAUUCAGAACCACAGCGAGCUCAUCGACACGCUCAGCAAGAUGCGCUGGUUUCGUGGCAGCGAGGCGAUCAUGUUUAAAGCCUCCAUGUUGUAUCAUCGCUUUAAAAACAUCUACCUCAUCGGAGACGCUGACGAGACUCUGAGUCAGGAGUACAUCGACUCGCUGCAGGAGGAGAGAGAGACAGACGCCGGAUCAGCCGUCAGUCUGACGAACGUCUGCGAAGAGACCCGAGAUACGAAACAAGUGCCUCACAGUGCGGACCAGAGCUGACACGAGGACCCCGCCGGAGUUCAAGUCCUGCUUUUAUCGUUGUGUUGUUAUUCUGGAAUCAGGCUUUUUAUCCGCCGUCGGAGAGAGUUUUAUGCGGUCGCGCUGAUAAGAAGAGCGUCUUGGCCGAUUCCUCGUGAGGAUUUAGUAUAAAUCACAGGGUGUUUCAGCAGCUCUUCUGGGAGCUUUGCUGUCGGGUUUCGUGUCACAGAUGAAUCCCAAUGCCUUGACGUCAGUGCUUUUCGAUAUUUCAGACAGGUGUCGUUCUGCAGGAAAAGAGAGAGAGGCACGAAUAAAGGUGAAGUCUGGUCUGAUUCUGAUGCUGACUGACAGGUCAGAUUUAUGCCUUUCCUUUUCUCUCAGAGCAUUAAAUUACACCAGCAGUGAACUUACAGACUUCAGGUGUGUUUUACAAUCACGCUACAGUUAAACUCCGAACUAUUUGAGGGACAUUUGCCUUAAAUAGUGUCUGAAAAUACAGCAAAUCUAGUUCGACGCACCCUAGACGGAUGUUUGUAAGAUGCGACACUAUCAAGUACAUGUUAAACCUGAGCAUUAAACUAUUUACAGGGCAGCUACAUUCAGAUCAUACAGUAAACACACUAGUGAGUCUGUAUCACACACACUAUAUCUGAUCUCAGCGCGGUGCUAAUAUCACUCACGCUGUCUUUAAUGAAUGCAUUCAGCCGUAACACGUUCUUCUAGCAUCGUCUGUCACGUUCCGACGCCCCGAGAUGUGUAUUAUAAAGCACUCGCAUGUGUGGAUAUUACAGUGAAUACGCAUUAAACUGAUCUUCAGUA